UUCUUAGUAUGUGAUCGGUUGUCGUUACUGAGCCUGUUUCUUGAGAGAAUCACAAUAAAUAAUAUUUGAAUAAUGUCGAUUGUGCUUAAAGAAACAAAAUUUAUGCUAAUGAUAUUAACGGUAACUCACCUUGUCGCCAAACCUUGCAUUUUCACAUCACCAUUGACACUACAAUUGAUAUUAGAAUACGCCGAAUGGAGGUCUUGGGAUCAAGUGGUUCUUUUCGAUAAUAUCAGCCCAUUUAAUUGUGCCCUUAGUUAUGUCCGGCCGUUGAUUGAGUGCUUUGGUGAAAAGGGCAUCAGUGUGUCUUUACAAUCGGCAACAAAUCCAAAUAUACCAGAAGCUCUUACGAUUCCAACUCAUCGCAUCGGUUCUAUUGUACUCUUGGACGGACUCAAUUUAACAUCGCCUGAUAAUAUUAUUCAAAUGGCAUCUCAAAAAUUUCUAUUUAACUAUUAUAUCUCCUGGCUUAUGGUGACUACAAGAAACACCGACUCAACUAUCGACAUGGUUCUUCGAGAUUUAAAUAUUGGUAUCGAUAGUGAUGUCGUCAUAGCUACUUCGCCACUAUUAAAUGAUGCCGUCUCUUGGAAAUAUGCACAGAAAUAUCGAGAUAAAAUAUGUCGAUCUUUUCGACAUUACGGCGAUCGUUUCGAAUUUAUGGGACCAUCGAAACGACGUAAUGUCGAAAACGUCACGAUCAAUCUAAGCUACGCCACUUUAGAGAAUCGCUCAGUAUCGUUUUAUUUGAUGCAUACUUAUAAAAUACGUCAUUCUGACAAUACAAGUCUCAUUGUCCGAUAUCUCGGUUUCUGGAAUCCGGAUUCUCACACCCUCAAACCGCCAAUAAACGUGAAGCUAAGAAGCGAUUUUAGGGGUCUUCCUAUUAUUUUUGGUAUAUUGAAUGGAACCAAUGAUGGGCAGACAGAUAUUGCAGAAACAGAAGCUACUGCUAAUGAUAUCGCACCGCUUUUGGACUUUGCUACUAUUGUUACCAACAGCGUAAAUGCUAGUAUCGAAUUGAUACCGCAUGAAAAGCUUGGUACGUUAACUAACAAAAUAUGGAGCCAUCUUCUCGGUGAUGUUGUGGCAGGUACUGUUGACAUUGGUUUGGGAUAUAUAACGUCGAAUGAUGAGGAACGUUGGACGGAAAUGACAUUCAGUCAUCCUCUGAUACGUUACAUGAGAAACAUUUAUUAUCAUCCAUUGGAGACCGGCACGAUGAGGGAUAUAUUUCUGCAACCAUUCGAUAACCGAUUGCUCGGUUGCGUCGCGGCAACAUAUUUUAUAAUGUUAAUCGCAAUGGCGACGGUGAUUUACGCCACAAAAACGAUUUUGCAUAAGGAGGAAAGAUAUAUUGGAAUCGGGGAAUCUGCUCUUUGGUGUUUGAGUAUCAUGUGCAUGCAAGGGUCACCUUGGAGUCCUCGAACCCCAUCUGGAAAGACUCUGCUAUUAUUCAGUCUUAUAUUCUCUCUCGUAAUGUACAAUGCCUACGCCGGCUUCAUCACGUCCAUAUUAUCGGUACAGGUCACUGGAAUCAAAUCAAUCACGGAUCUUCUCCUUAAUAACUUCAAAUUAGGAUACAGUGUCGCCGACGAUACAUAUAUAAGAAAUGCGAACGACAGUAAUCUCCGUCAAUUGUAUAUAAAGGCAUUCAAUAGUCGCGAAUCUCGCUUGGAAACAAGAACCGGACUUAUGAAAGCUGUUAAAGGACGAUACGGAUUCUUUGUCAGCGCGACUCUUGCACGACGAGCUCUCAGAACAACUUUUAUACAAGAGCGAUGUAUCUUGAAAGAGCUAUUACUUCCACAAACGCUUACAGUCGUCGCACUUCCUAUGGCCAAAAGUUGUCCAUACAGGAAGAUCAUCAAUCUCAAUAUAUUACGUAUAUAUGAACGUGGCGUCUUGGACAAAAUACAAGAACGGAUGUUGCCGACGAUGCCGCGAUGUGCGGCAUCAGCGGCCUUUCAUAGCGCAAGACUUACAGACGUUUAUUCCGCAUUUUUCCUUCUAACGGCAGGUAUACUCAUAGCGAUUUCCAUCGGAAUCAUCGAGAGGAUAUGGAACAAACGAAAACAGAUGCAUAAGACUAUUGUGCGCAGUCUACGCGAGCAUCAUUUGAUACCGCAUAUUCAUUUCCAUCAUCAUCGUCGUGAUCACGAUCGCUUCAACCCUCAUCUUCAUUCUCAUGCUGCUCUUCUAACCAAUAGAUUGCGUGGCUACGAUUCCACGUAUUUGACAAUGUUGCAGAAUCAAGCUCGUCAAUUACAGUCGUUCGUCGGUUUUCAAGAGCGCGACACAUCUCCUGAAAAAUCGAAAGGCCCGGGUCUGAGGCCGCGUUUCCAUAUACGAAGAUCGGUCGGUCCUAAAAGAGCGUCUUGGUCUUCCUUCUCGGGCUUAUCCAAAAAGAAAGUAAGAUCGAUCGAGAAAAUCCUGCCGACUUCGAAUGUGGAAACCAUUCUUAGAACCCAGGCCUUUCACAAUUAAUUGUCCUUUUGUCGUCUCAAAAUCUUUUAAGAGUUAUAGAAAUCUAAUUUUACUCUAAAAAUAAUUAUUACGAUGUCUAUCAUAUUUCAAGAUAAUUCUUCAGCUCCCGUCAAGAUAAUUCUUCACAUCGCAUCAUACAUCGCGUCUCUUGAAAGCGUU